AAUUAGUUAAUGAAAAAAUGGAUGAGAUGUCACACUACAGACGAUUCAAAAGAUCCAAGCCCAAUCAACGGUUACUCCAUCAUAAAAAAGGAUAUCAAAGGUACUUGUGAAAUGCGACCAUGGCAUGGUUUCAGCUUUGAAGACAGUGACAUUUGGGCCAAACAAGGGAAAGAAAUUCUAUGGCAGAGUGACAAUUGUAAUUUCUUUUUGUGGGAGCAUGAUUCAAAGAAGAUGGAGAGUAGGGUGUCAAUGGAUGCAGAAAAGCAGUCAGUUUUGGAUGAGAAUGAAAAGCUUAGAAAAGAGCUGGAAGCAAUGAAAAUUGAGAACAAAAUUUUGUUGGAAAAAAUAUGUAAGCUCAGAGUGAAAAAAAUUGUUAGAGGCUGAUAGAAGGAAAGUGAAUCCAGGGAAAAAGGCUAUGUGUGGUGUUGUUUUAUCUUGGGUUGUCAUUGCUAUUGUGGUAUCCAUUUUAGUUGGUAGGAUGUAAGAAUGAUAACAGUGUUGUGUGCUUUGUGAUUGUACAAUCCAUUUAGGCCAAUUUGGUCUGUUUUUGUAAUAAGUUUGGGAUAUAUGUUGUGCUAUUUUGUUUGAUAUGGUAAUGUUUAUAUACCUUCA